AUGCGACGCCUCAAUAUGUCGAACGUCGAGGUCUGGCUCCCCCCUGAAGAACUUUUAUUCUACCUUCGCUCUCAUCACAUCUCUCAUAUCUUCAUUAUCAUGACCAACAAUCAGGAAGCAUCAUCACUUGCUUCCAAAGGCACUACACAACCGUACUUACCACCCUUCGCUGGGAACUCACCAUUCCCACAUCCCUACAUGUAUCCGCCUCAUGGGUAUUGGUCUACCCCCACACCAUCUCUUCCUUUCACGUACCCUGGAAACCUCAUUCCCACCUUACCCAACGAUCUCGAUCCCAAGGACCCAAUCAGUUACCCCUACAUGGACCCCCCAUACCCGAUGUACGGAUAUCAUCAGUCAUCUCCAUUUCCUUCUCAACCACCUCAACCUACGCCACCUCACGGAUAUCCUCACCCUGGAUAUCGUCAACCACCGACUACGUCUUCUCAAACUCAACCUUCUCUUCCCCAGCCCAACGUGAUUGACUCACGCCAACCGAAGCAAACAGUUCCUUCCAUUAUGAACUGA